AUGCAGAGGUUCGGCACUCGCGUGUUGCACUGUACCGCGGAGCUAGCUCGGAGCAACAACAAUGCCUGCAAGAGGGUGCUGGGAGUUGUCAACUCGGCUGGUCCACAGACUACUUCUCAACCUAAAAGAACACCCUCUCGCAGCAGGCCCAAGAAGAAGGCCAAAACAAAGUCCUACCAGUGGGAAGCGCCCAAGAGCUAUGGCGAGCUCAAACCAGAAGUUCUGAACCCACAACCGGGCGACAUUUUUGCCUGCUGGCAAAAAGCCCAAGGGUUUCUACCCCGUCAUGAUUGUUCCCUGGGGGGUUUUGAGCGCUUCAAAUUUGUCCACACCCUCCAACGCACGGGUCUUGAUGAGGAGAUCCCCGACUGCUACGCUCAGGCCCAGAAGACCGAUACGAGACCCUGA